AAACAAUUCUUCAGAAUAAUUUUAUUUCGACCAGUUCGGAUUUCGUACAAACCAUACAAGGUCAUUGACAUUUUGAGAAGUAACGGCAGAUUUAUCGAGAAAGUUUUUUUUAUUUAUAAUCAAGAUAUAAUCUCUUCAAAUAAAUUAAUUAUGGUAAAAAGGUUAUUAUCUGCUUUAGAGUACCCAGAGUGUGAUGUAAACGUUAACGAUGAAGCAACAUUUAGAAAAAUUGUGGUAUGGUUAGAACAAAAUAAAAUUAAUAAAGCCAAUCCUAACGUGGCAAAUGGCCUUAAAAAUAUAACUUCAAAUGAUUGGCCUAACCACUUUCAGAAAUACCAAGAGAUUUUAGGUUUACCCAAUUUACAAAGCCAUCAAGAACAACUCCAGUGGCUUUUAGGUUAUGCUGUGCAAAUUGAGACUCAUAAUAAUAGGCAAGUAUAUAUUAAACAUGCGGUUGAGAAUUUAAAGGCAACUAAUGUUCCAACUGUUGUUACUGAAAAUCCUCUUGAUAAAUUAGACUUCCACAGUAAAGAAUUUGCAGAAGGUAUUUCAAAAGUAGCACAACUAUUGAAUAUAACGCCCCACCCUGACCCACUAGUAACUUUAAAAGCAGUUACUAAGCUUGUAACUGUAAGAUUGUCCCCACAAGCUCAAGCUAAUCCGAGUGAAGUUGUAUUAAAGGGUACACCUUUUCCGUUUCAAGAUGCUGAUUUAGGAUUCGACUUGAAUGAUCCGGUCUUAAAUCAAGCAGCGAAAGUAUUAAGAAUUUUAUACAUCCAUGAUUUAAGACAUUUGCAAACAAGGGCUAAUGAAUUAAUUGUGGCUGUACAAAACAUAACAGCCAAUCCUAAAACUGACACAAAGCUGGGAAAAGUUGGAAAAUGAAACAUUUAUUUUUGUUUAGACUUUAUUAAUUUUUCUGAUUAGUAUCACGGAACGGCGAUUUAUCAAAUAUUUCUCCAGCUCCUAACGCUACACAACCUAGAGUUACAUAAAUAAAGCAAUUAAUGAAA